AUGUUCUCGACUCCUUCUGCCGCCGCGGUCAGGGCCCAAAAUCAACAUCACGGGCCAGAUUCCCCUAUUCAAUGUUGCCGCAUCGAAUGGACAAUCCAACUUGCUCUGCUGACGUCAGAGAUCAGUCAUACGGCGGCAGAUAAUGCAUUGGAAACCACCGAUAGCAACAUAUCGCUCGAGCACGUGCAGGUCUUGGCCGCACCAUGUAUCAACGUACAUGCACUGGUCUUCGUGCGUAACAUGCACAAUCCGCAGACAUCGCGAGGGUAA